AUGAGGCAGUUGGUCGUCGAUCCAUUCCUUGAGACAGCGCGGUCUCUUGUCGCUGCCGGCAAAAAGGACGGCGUCGACGCUGCUUUACAAGCGAUGAUUGGCAGUACGCUAAUUGAGCACCCAUCCAUGAAUGUGCCGUUUCUCGUCCUUGGGAUACCUAGCGCAUUCACCCACGAAAUGAUAGAGCAACUUAUUGGGGUUUGCCAGGAGGAGUUUUCCCAGUCUUUCACUAGAUAUCUGAAAACUUCUGGAAACGCAUUCUCUAGCCUUAGAGAUCCUGGUAACCUGGCCAAAGAUUUCGAGCCAAUGGUCAGGUUUAUCUCCACUUCUCUACCGGGAGAGUACAAAGAGGAAGUCCCACCCAUCUUCCCGACCUACAGCUGGGAGAGCAUGCAGCAUGCUAGUUUAGGCAUGGGUUUGUGCUGUUUACGGCUCUAUGCUUGCAAUGUGGCUGCAAACUUUACUGGCCGGCUCAUGGUGGUGGCCGAUUUUGAGUGCACAGCGGAGUAUCGAAUCAUGGCAAAGCAGGCUCGAGAAGUAGUAGAUCUGAUUGUGGGUAGUAUACCGUUCGUGUUCGGCUGGAUAGGGGAGAUUUCUUAUCACCUGGCGAGUUCCCCAGAACACCAACCUAAUGAUUAUAUGUUGCCGCAUCUUGUUAUCCCCCUCUUUGGAGCACUCACCUCCCCAUUCUCCAGCGAGCAACAAAAGGCACAAAUCGCAGCCACCCUGAGGUAUGUCGCGGAGGUGAAAGGAGUCGGACUUGCCAAUGCUAUGCUUGACCUUUAUAAGCAGAAGCACCAGCUCUGA